UAUCGAUUGACAAGCCAGAUGUAGCAGUCAGCUGCUGCUUUUAGUUCGUGGCAAUUGUUUUUAAAAUUGUUUUAAUUUUAUAAUAAAAGCUUGAAUCGACAAUGCAUGAGCCGGCAAGAAGGCCAUCGGUGGCCGGUGGCACUAGCACUGCUGAAAAGCUUUGCUUUGAUAAAAAUGAGUUCAUGAAGGAAAACUUCUCCGUGGAUGAGUUUCUACACAAGAAUCGGAACGCGCCUAGCCUGGAGCAGUUGCGCGAUAACUUGGGCCUCUACCUAAAAGGCCUACGCGCUGCCAUGAUCGAUCUUAUCAAUGAGGACUACGCGGAUUUUGUCAAUUUAAGCGCCAACCUAGUUGGUCUGGACCAAACCAUCGAUACCAUACAACGUCCGUUGGAGCAGUUUCGUACAGAAAUCGAAGGCAUACAUAGCCUAAUCGAAGAGAAUGUGCUUGAGCUGCGCGGUCAGCUCGAGGAAAAGCGGCAAUUGCGUGAAUAUCAACGCAGUUUGCAAAGCCUUAAAAAAGUAUACGAGAUCAUGGACAAGUUGCAGGAGCUGAUUGGGAACAAGCUGAGCGGCGAGGAACCUGGCCAAGCUGUUGACUUGGAGCGGGCCGCACUUGAUUUGAUACAGUUGAGAUUUCAUGAGAAACACUGCGAUAUGCAGCUUGGAAAUCUACACAGAGCCACAAUUCAGCAACUGGAGGAGCAAGUGCAUCAGGAAUUACGUCGUUUCCUAUACACAUCAUUGCAGCAGGCAAAGAACGGUGCAUCCGAGCACUUGGAGCGCUGUCUACGCAUAUACAUCACACUCGAUGCCUGUGACCGAGCGGAGCGCGCUUUUCGUGAAGAUAUUGUUGCACCCUAUAUGAGUGCCAUCAUUGGCGAGCAGCAACUGCAAAAUUCGCCACAGGGAUUGGCUGGGAUUUACAGCAAAGUAUUAAAUUUUAUAUCGCUGCAUAUGGCGGAUUUGUUGCGUCUAACGCUCUACUCGGAUAAGCUAAACGGCUUCAACUUUGUGGUCAAUAGCUUUUGGUCCGAUGUUGAGAUGCGUCUGGAGCUGCAUAUGAAUUCAAUAUUUGCACCAGGCAAUUCGGAGGUGUUCUAUGUGAAAUACAAAUGCACACGUGAUUUUCUAUCCAAAAUUGAGGAGUUGCUGACGAGCAGUGGUGAAAAGGUAGUCGCUUCCUUUCGCCAUCACAAUCAAACCAAAAGCUUCGAGGCGCGUUGGAAUCUGCCUGUCUACUUCCAAAUAUGCUUUCAGGAAAUCGCGGGAAAAUUCGAGGCACAACUGGAGCCCCUGCUAAACGAUGAUUCGCUGCAAGCUCAGCCGGAGUUGGAUGCCUAUCAUUUAGCGCCCUUCAAUGGUGCCAAACAGGCUUUGACCCGCUGCUGGUCCGAGGGUGUUUAUUUGCCGGAAGUGUUUGCCAAAUUCUACAAACUCAAUGUUCAAAUCGUUUUACGCUUGUCGCGCUGGAUCCGAGAUGUCAUCAAGGAUGCCAAGAGCACAAGCUAUUCGAAGCCGUACACUCGAAAUCAAUUACUAAUUGCUUUGUAUUCGGACACGCGCAAACUGGAAUCGUAUUUGCCGCAGCUGCAGCAACUCAUCGUAGAAUCGGCACCCAAAGCCAAGAAUAUUACAUUGUUCACCAAUGUUUUGAGUAAAUCCAUAGCCGACUUAGCUGAUACACUAAGCCUGCAUUUGGCCAAUAUACAGGACACAUUAAAGCAGCUGCUAAUCACGGAAUGCGGAGCAGAUAAUGUGCGGCAAGUCAACGAUCUGCCACGUUUGUAUCGCAAGACCAAUCGUGAGGUGCCGACGCGUUGUUCAAGUUACGUGGAGCAAAUGCUGCGACCACUCAAAGCAUUUGCCUCCCAAAACGAGAACCAGCUGGGCGCGCUGGUGGUGGAGCAGAUACUGGCCGAGGUUGCCAGCAAUAUAACCAAGGCCUACUUUAAUGUGGUUAGUGAGGUGCUGACAUCUGUGCAGAAAACCGAAGAAUCUUUACGUCGUCUGCGCAAUCUGAAGAGCGGCGGUGCAUCUCAUCCACAAGGCAGUGUAAGCACAUCCACUGGUGUAUCAGAUGACGAUAAGAUACGCCUGCAGCUGCGCGUUGACGUGGCCGCAUGGACUCUGGAACUGAACAAGUUAAACUUUACACCCAAACAAAUAGACAAACUGCUGGAACUCUCAAACAUGGUGGAGGAGAGCAUAAAGCCCAGAUAAAUCAAACAAAAUCGUCUUUGAAAAUAUAUACAUUCUUCAAUUUAUUUAAUGUUAACCGAAUGCUAAUGUUUCUUUA